CGCCGCGGCCGCGGCAUCCGGGACAGCGCCGCGCCGCAGGCCCAGCGGCGCCCAGGAUCUGGCGCGCGAUGUCCUCGAGCGGCGCGGGGCCCAGGUAGUUGGGGUUGUCGUGGGUGCCGAUGUACAGCAGCACGUCGAAGGGCUGCACCGACGUGUCCUUCGGGUAGAAGAUGACCGUGGUGGUCCUGUAGCCGCCCUUCUCCCGGAAAUCCAGAGUUCCACGCCAGGGAUGGAUUUCACGGAAGCCUAUUCCGACCGGUGCUCGGCCGUGGGCCUUGCGGCCAGAGAAGGAAAUGUUGAGAUACUGAGGGAAUUGAUUAAUCGGGGAUACAGCAUCGAUGUCCCGGAUAACAGGAGGUGGUUGCCCAUCCACGAAGCGGCAGCACACAAUUCCAGUGAGUGCCUGAAGCUGCUCAUUGAUACAGCUCCAGCCGAAGACUACAUCCACUCGAGGACGUUUGAAGGGAUGUGUGCUCUGCACCUCUCGGCCUGUCAUGGCUCUGUGGAAUGUCUCCGGGUUCUCCUGGAAGCUGGGGCUGACCUCAAUGAUGUCAACACCGAAUCUGCCACCACUCCACUCUUUCUGGCUGUUGAAAAUAAACAUGCAGAGGUUGUCAAGUUCCUGCUCCAACACGGAGCAAAUAUUGAAGGUUCUCAUUCUUGGUCUGGAUGGAAUUCUUUGCACCAAGCUUCCUUUCAGAGUUCCACUGAGAUAAUGCAAAUGCUCCUGGAGAAAGGGGCCAGCAAGGACUGUCGUGAUGACUUUGGAAUUACCCCUCUGUUUGUGGCUGCUCAGUAUGGCCAGCUGGAGAGUCUGCGGCUGCUUCUGUCCCACGGUGCAGAUGUCAACUGCCAGGCCAAGGACAGGGCUACUCCCCUGCUGAUUGCUGCACAGGAGGGACACCUGGAUUGUGUGAAGCUGCUGCUGACUGCAGGGGCAGACCCAAACCUCUACUGCAACGAGGAUAACUGGCAGUUACCCAUUCAUGCAGCAGCUGAGAUGGGCCAUGCAAAGAUACUGGAGCUGCUGAUUCCAGUCACUGACCGGAUUUGUGACAAGGGCGAGGGCAAAGUGAGCCCUGUGUAUUCCGCGCUCUAUGGCGGGGACAGGGAGUGCCUGGAAAUGCUGCUCAAGCAGGGCUUCAGCCCAGAUGCUCAGGAGUGCCUGGACUUCGGCUGCAGGUCCCCCAUGUGCAUGAUCUUCCAAAAGCAGUAUUAUCAGUUCAUUGAUGUCCUUCUGAAAUAUGGCAUCACCUUGCGUGGGAUCAACUUGGCACACUGCCUGUGCCAUAAGAAGUUUGCUCUCUUCCGGCGCUUCCUGAGGUUCGGCUGUUCCCUGCCCUCAGAGGAGGAAUUAACAGACUUCAUCCUCUACAGCAGCACGGUGCAGAAGGAAUACAAGGAAUGGCUGCCCUACCUGCUCCUGGCUGGCUUCAACCCCGUGAAUUUCAUGCGCAGGUUCUGGAUUUUCUCCAUGAGUGAGGAUGUCCUUAAUUUCGUCCUGGAGUUCAUGAAUUGGAGCAGACUUCCUCCAAUUGUGGAGCAACACCUUUCCCAAUACAAAGAGAAGUUCAGUUGGACUUCCAAGAGCCAUUUUGCCUUUCUUCCUUCCCUGUCCCAUCUGUGCCGCCUGGAGAUCCGGUCCCUGUUGGGGAGCGAGCGCCUGCGCUUGGAGCGUGUGAUCCGGGAAUUGCCAUUGCCAGCCUGCCUCCAGGACUACCUGCUCUACGUGGAUGUGCUGCGAGCCAACAGUAUCCCAGACCUGCAGGAUUGCCUGGAGCAGGGAGAUGCAAUCAGUCAUUCCGAGGCUGAGGAUAUGGAAGAGGGACAGCAGUAACACCAGUGCUCCAUGAGAGUGGUGCCAGUGCCUGGACUCCUCAGCUGCAGGUUUUGUAGUGAGAAUCAGGAGACACAGGAGGAGAACUGCUGUAAAUGUCUGUUCUCCUCCCGUGUAAUCAUUCUUUUCAUGCUGUAGUUUUGUACUGCAUCUAGAAAUUUCCUAUGGGUUCUAUGAUUUGCUUGUUUAAAAUCUGUUGUAGCUUUCCAAAUGAACAUUUGCUGUUUCUUUUCAUACUCUUGGGAAGUAAAAUGAGCUUUUUCAGUGAACACAGAGUAGUCAAAAUCCGUCCAUUGACACUUUAUUCCAAAUACAUCAUUUACCAAAUGAAACCA